UUCCUCUAAACAAAGUUUGGAUUGGGUGUGUACAGUUCGUUAUUUUGUGAUUUUCGUUAUUUUUCUAUCUUUAUAUGAAUUAAUAUAAUCAAAAUGUUAUUAAAAGUAUUUAUACUGACGUUUCUGUGUAUCUUACCAGUCGCAUUUUCUGUAAGAUGCUAUCAAUGUGCAUCUUCACAAGAUAGUAAAGGUGAAGACAAUUGUGGUGCGUAUAAGAAAUUCGAUAAAGAAAGCCACAUCGCAGUGGAGUGCUUCAGUGAUGAAUCUCAUAUGCCAGGAUCUUUUUGCAUGAAACUGACUCAGCAAGGGCCUAAAGGAUUUAUUUGGGAUGGUAGAUGGCGACAAGUUAUCAGACGCUGUGCAUCAGUAGCAGUGACAGGAGUUACCGGUGUCUGUAACUGGGGAGUGUAUGAGAAUGGAGUCUACUGGGAGGAGUGCUACUGUUCAUCAGACGAAUGUAACGGUUCAUCGUUCAUUACAUCAUCGUUGACACUGAUUAUUAGUACUAUAGGAACUGUUUUGUUCUUACAUAAGUUACUAUAGAGUAGCUCUAAAUAUUUUUAACAUGUUGUACUAUAAUCAAGCAAAUCAUUCAAAAAUUUAAGCAUUGUGCCUUAAUGUAAACUCUUUUACUUUAGGGUUUUUUUAAAAUCAUGUACAUACAUGUGUAGAAUAAAGACAGCUAUAAAUUCUAUUGCACAAAGAUACAAUCUAAAGGUGAUGCCUAUGGGUUUAAGGAGCAGCACAAUGGUUUUCCUAUUUUAAAAUCAUUAUUGCCAAUCAGGCUGUAUUAUUUUUUUAUUACUGUCGGUAUAAACCUAGAACUCAUAUAACUGAGCACAAUAUAGUAAACCUUUAAUCUGUGGGGUGCCAGAACGAAAAUUGAUGCGAGAUACAAUGCAUUUACUAAGGUAUCUCAUGUCCCAACAGACAAGAGGAAUAUUCUUGUCCAAGUUGACUAUACAUAUAAAUAGGCAGCUCUAAUUCAAUUUUCUAAAUAUUUUUUAAAGCAUUUUGAAUCUUAAAUAAUAUGAAGAAUGCAAGUAAAUUAUCUGGUUUACUAAUAGUAUAACCAUUCAUAUAGGUACAUACUAUAAAUACUUUUGUAUAAACGUCUCUACACACGGUGCCGCAGAUGCGCCGACUUUACGCUUGUUUCCUCUGUUUGAUUCAUUCUAUUACCCGACUGUACAUACCUCCGUACAUGGCUAGUAAUGGAAUGGUUACAAAAUCACAGGCGACCCGUGUGUAUAGUGUAACUAUGCGGCGGCGGCAUCGUGUGCAGGAACGCUAAAGGUAGACUUACCUUAAAAAUCUAUUGCCUUGUCUCAACCAGUGCCUUAGUAUACACAUUGUAUGUAGUUUAAAUUAAAAUUUUAUGACGUUUCGUAUUCUAAGUGCAAUCUAACAUUCCGUCCAUACCACAACAAAUAGUUAUUUAAUUUAAAAUAAAUGAAAAUUUUAUACUUUUUUAGAAAACUUCUAAAGUUAGAAUAGUAUAAGUAAAGUAGUUUCCGUCCAAAUGUGUGUUAGUUUUUAAAUAAAUAACUAUAACUAGAUAUUAUUUAUAAGAAUCUCAUUUUUUUAUAAAAUAAAAUAUGUACAAUAUAUUGUAUGAAAAAUAACAGUUUUGUAAGAUACAGAAAUCAAUAUGUUCUUUGAAAUCCAAUUACUAUAUGUAUGAUAAUUGCAUUGUUAAGUUUCAACCAACAAUUUAGUAUUGAUAUGUUGAAAAUCAUAUGUAGGUACUUAAUUGUUGCAUUGAAAUGAGUACCUGUGGUAUAUAUUUGAAUAAUUUUGUAUCUCUAUCUGACUGAUAACAAUAAAUACAUAUUGUUAUUUACAUUUUUA